GAGGAUGCCAACUUUUAAGACCAUACACUUUUUCCUCUCCUCACACACUCUCAUCCAGAUUCAAACACGCACCCUGCUCUCGCAAACAUGUCUUUCCUGUCAGGAAUUCUCGGUGGUGGUAAAACAGAUAAAAUGGUGGACCAAGCUGUGGAUAAAGUGGCUGUGGUGGCCAAGACGAAGGUGAAGGAGAUGAUGGGAGGAACAGCCGCAGACGGCGCAGCUGCGGGAGGAGCAGCAGCAGGAGCAGGAGGAGCAGCAGGAGCAGGAGGAGCAGCAGGAGCAGCAGGAGCAGGAGGAGCAGGAGGGAAAGCACCUGCAGGAGGGAAAGCACCUGCAGGAGGAGGAGCCGACAUUGGAGGAGUAGCAGCAGGGGCCAUGGAUGCGUUCUCCGGAAUGUUCUCCGCCGAUGACAAGAAGGAGAAGAAGCCAAGCAGCGCAGGUGGAGCGCUUGAUUUGGCUGACUCGUUGGACUUCUGAUUAGACGACCACGACGACAUCCGCGGAGACCAAACACUGUGGUUUGAAGAGUCUCUUCAGCUGAGCUCCAUAUGAAAGACAUUCCUUGUUACCUAGACUACUUUGGCGGAACCCAGAGUAUCCACAUUCCGCUGUCAGGCUGCACAGUUUAUGGAGUUUUAACUCAUUGUUAGACCACUGGUGUCCCUCAGGCAUUGGUACACCAAUAUGCUAUAUAUAUGCACUUAAAAUAUCUGAAUUCUUGAUUCUUACAUCAAUAGGUUUAACUAACUAAACCUUUGUCGAAGAUCAUAGUUUGUCCUCAUAUUGUUUAACCUCAUUACUCAGUUGAUAUUGUGUAAUUCUGUUGACACACGUUGGAAAAUAAAAUGUUGAUUGGAAAUCUGAAA